AAGUGCUGAGCUGUCCGAAGUUUCCCGCGAGUAUAUGGAAAGGAAUGGCUCUUCAACCAAAACAAGAGUUGCAACUGGAUGGCAUACAAGAACAAGGAUUUCUGUCAUUCCACAGAUCCUUACCAGAGAAAUCCAGUACCACCCUGAGAGUUUUUGACAGAAAUGACUACUACACCGUCCAUGGCUCAGAUGCUGUGUUUGUUGCCAAGGAUGUGUACAAAACUGCUGGUGUCAUCAAAAUGCUUGGAGCAGGUGAGAAGAAGCUGGAGUCUGUGGUCCUGAGUAAAAUGAACUUUGAGUCAUUGGUACGAGAUCUGUUACUGGUACGACAGUACCGUGUGGAGGUAUACCGUAACAAGGGUGGCUCCAAAAACAAUGACUGGUCGCUGGCAUUCAAGGCCUCCCCCGGUAACCUGACACAGUUUGAAGAGAUCCUUUUUGGGAACACAGACAUGUCUACCUCUGCAGGGGUCAUAGCUGUAAAGAUUGGCACUGACACAGGCCAGCGGCAAGUAGGAGUUGGAUAUGCUGAUGCUACCCUCAGAAAAUUCAUGGUCAGCGAGUUCAUGGACAACGACCAAUUCUCUAACCUUGAGGCACUGAUAGUCCAGUUGGGUCCAAAGGAGUGUCUCAUCAUGUCUGGGGAGAUCGGUGCUGAUGCAGGCAAACUGAAGCAAGUGCUGGACCGAAGUGGUCUGCUGGUGACUGAACGCAAAAAAUCUGACUUUUCCUCAAAGGAUGUCAUUCAAGACUUGAACAGGCUAUUGAAAUUUAAGAAAGGAGAGCAAGGGAACAGUGCAUCUCUGCCUGAAACAGAAAAGGCACAGGCCAUGACCUCCCUUUCAGCUUUGAUCAAGUAUUUAGAGCUGUUGUCAGAUGAAGAAAACUUUGGUCAAUUUAGUUUGUCCCUGUUUGAUCUGGGUCAGUACAUGAAGCUGGACGCUGCAGCAGUGAGAGCCCUCAACCUUCUUCCCAGCACAGUCGAAGGUGGAAACAAGAACCAGAGUAUACUUGGAUUACUAAACAAGUGUAAGACUGCCCAAGGUCAAAGGUUAUUGUCACAGUGGGUCAAACAACCUCUGGUAGAUCUUAAUAAAAUCGAGGAGCGCCUAAAUGUGGUACAAGUAUUUGUGGAGGACACAGAACUCAGACAGACAUUACAGGAUGAGCAGCUAAGAAAAAUUCCAGAUUUCCAGAGAUUAGCCAAAAAGUUUCAGAGAAAGAGAGCUACACUACAAGAUUGUUACAGGGUGUACCAAGCCAUAGACAAGAUGCCUUACCUGCUUGAGGUAUUAGAGAAACAUGAAGGAGAACACCAGUCACUACUUAUGGAGCUGUUCACAAACCCGGCCAAGGAAUUAUUGAUGGAUUUUGCCAAGUUCCAGGAAAUGAUCGAAACAACAAUGGACCUGGCUCAGGUAGAAAGCCAUGAUUUUGUGAUCAAAGCUGAUUUUGAUGAAGCCCUUGCAGCCCUUAGAGAACAAAUUGAUGAGCUUGAAAACAACAUCAAAGGCCAGAUGAACAAGGUGGCAAGAGAUUUAGGAGUAGAACCAAACAAAGUGCUCAAGCUUGAGAGUAACAGCCAGCUGGGAUACUUCUUCAGGGUCACAAGGAAGGAAGAAAAGGCUCUGAGGAACAACAAAAAUUACACGACCAUUGAUACAAAAAAAGAUGGAGUUCGUUUCCACAACAAUGCUGUGCGUCGCAUGAAUGAGGAAUUCCUGAAGGCAAAGGAGGAUUAUAAUGAGCAACAGAAGAGUGUGGUUGCUGAGAUCAUUACAAUAGCAGCGGGAUAUGUGGAGCCGAUGCUACUGUUGAAUGACAUCAUUGCCCAGUUAGAUGUGCUUGUGAGUUUCGCCCAUGUUGCUGUUUCUGCACCGAUUGCUUAUAUACGACCAAAACUGUUCGCAAAAGGAAGUGGUAAAAUUCAGUUGACAGAGGCAAGACACCCUUGCUUAGAGAUGCAGGAUGAUGUGGCAUUCAUACCCAAUGAUGCUGGUUUCACUAAAGACAAACAAAUGUUCCAUAUCAUAACUGGUCCAAAUAUGGGAGGAAAAUCUACAUACAUCCGCUCUGUAGGAGUGGUAGUGUUGAUGGCACAGAUGGGAUGCUACAUUCCGUGUGCUGAAGGGGAGAUCACCAUUGCAGACAGCAUACUGGCACGUGUCGGAGCAGGGGAUAGUCAGCUUAAAGGCGUGUCAACAUUCAUGGCAGAGAUGUUGGAAACCGCCUCUAUCCUCAGGUCAGCAACAGAAGAUUCUUUGAUAAUCAUAGAUGAGUUAGGAAGAGGAACAUCAACUUAUGAUGGGUUUGGUCUGGCCUGGGCAAUUUCUGAAUAUAUUGCUACCAAAAUUAAGGCCUUUUGUCUGUUUGCCACCCACUUCCAUGAGUUGACAGCCCUGUCAGAUGUUGUGCCUACUGUCAACAACCUGCAUGUAACAGCACUCACAACCAACGACACUCUUACCCUGCUGUACAGGGUCAAACCAGGUGUGUGUGACCAAAGCUUUGGUAUCCAUGUGGCAGAGCUGGCUCACUUCCCUAAAAAUGUUAUAGAGUUUGCCAAGAACAAAGCCAGUGAGCUAGAGGAUUUUCAGAAUGUCUGUCUGUCUGGAACAGAUUUGGAAGGCGAUUCAGAGCCAGCUGUCAAGAAACGCAAACUUGUAAAAGAGGAAGGUGAGGACAUCAUCAAAGAUUUCCUGUCUAAAGUGAAAAAAUUGCCACUGUCAAGCUUAUCUCCUGAUGAGGCUAUCGCAGAACUCAACAAACUUAAGGCCUGUGUGAAGGAGAAGAAUAAUCCUUAUGUUGAGGAUGUGAUCUCGAGGGGAAAAUGAAGCAACCUCAUUUCCUUGUGUAAAGGAAAAUAAUGAUGUCCAAAUGGUUAAUGCAAGUUAGGUGACCAGCCUGUACUGAAGAUGAUGUAGAGGGGAUGUUAUCUUUAGAGAAAAGUGAGGCUUUCAUUUUUACUGACAUGUGUUAAGGAGAAAGUCGUAUCCAAAGACAAGUUAGGUGACAAUCUUGUACUGAAGAUGAUGUAGAAGGGAUGUUAUCUUUAGAGAAAAGUGAGGCUACCAUCUUUACUGGCAUGUGUUAAGGAGAAAGUGGUAUCCAAAGACAUGUUAGGUGACAAUCUUGUACUGAUGAAGGUGUAAAUCACUUCAGUUGAUACUACCUUGAAUAGACAGGCCAGUCUCUUAAACAUCAGGCAUAUGUCGUGAUACAGCAGUUACUCCAAUACAUUGUUUAGACAUUGACAUCUGCUAUGACGUGAACAAAAUUCUGUAAACGAUUAAAAUUCAAGACUUUGAGACUGUUUCAAGGUAGUACAAAGACGUUGUUAUUGUGUUGUUGCAACCAAGAAUGGACUGUAGGUCAUCAAUGUUACUGCCCAGAGACAUUACACUGUUAGUGGAGCCUUCUUGGUCAGUCUUUAACAGUAUUAUUCUGUAUUGAAAUUUUGUGCAGCAAGUUGUUGCUCAAAGGUAGGGAGGUCCCAUAUCAGCUGUUGCUAGUGCUACAUUUUACAGAUGACAUGGCAAAUUUUGUUUCUGAAGUUCAUGUACAGAACUUUGUUAAAAGAAAGAGGUGACAUCACACACCCAGGACCUUGGUAAUCAUACUCCAGAUCACAUGUUAUUAACAUAUUUUCAAGUACUGCAUUUCCAUCAUUUCUGAGCACUGAGGAAGCUAUAUUAAGAAUGAUGCCCUGUCAUACUUUGAACCUUCAUGUUAUGAUAUGUCUAGAUAAGAAAUUAUCAGCUGCCUGAAGCAUUACUGUACCUCAGGGAUUUGGGAAACUUAAUUAUAUGAACAUUGCACAAGAAAGGUCAUUUUUAUUGGCUUUUUAAAAGUCGAAGCAAUACAUAAACUAUCAGUUUUAGGGACAUAUUGUAUAUGAUCAUUGUUUCAUUCUGAGAAAGAGAGGCAUGUCUUCGACUUAUCAGUAGACAGUUGCAUGUGACAUUUUUAUUUUUUUACUAAUUGUAUCAAAGCUUCUUUUGAAAUUGAUGUAUCUGACAUGUGAUCACAUUACUUCAAUAUUAUCGUCUUCAGAUCUCCUUCAUUUUAUGUCAUUCCUCCAUAAUCUUGAUUUCAACUCUAUUUGUUUUUCUUUCAAAUACUGUUUAUAUGAUUUCCGUUUUAUUUUGUUAUCAGUUCUUGAAUAUUAUUAUUUUCUGGCAACUCUGUCAAAAAAUUGUGGUAACUUCGAUUCAGACUAGCAGUGAAGUUGUUAUCCACUUAAUUAUGUAAUUACACUACUCAAAGAUUGAUUAUAACAUAAGUGCUUUUAUGAAUUCAUGAAGUUCAUGCAUGGGUUUGAAUGUGGUUGUGAAUGAAUUUGAAAUAUGGAAAUGUGUGGAAAGUUAAUGUAAAAAUCUGCAGAUAAAAAGAAAUAUAGAAUGUUUCUGAAUAUUUUCAGGUUUGAUACAUACACAUAUGUAUACAAUAUCAGGAACUAUCUUGAUAUGUUGGCACCAAUCAUGGGAUAUGAUUAAAGUAGCGAAAUGUUUCAGAAAGUGCACUGCUUCAUAGCUCAUUGGAGAGUAUUGUAACGUGAUCAUGAAUAACUGUCAUGGUCGAGUUAUUGAUGUGAACAUUAUGGCAAAUGAAUCCAUAUUUGAUGUCUGAGUUAUCUUAAAACUGUAUUAUCAUGGUUCCUAUCUGUGUGAGAAGUUCCAGUGCAUCUGACUGUUUAUUGUAUACAUUAUUUUUGUUAAUAUAGUAAUAUUGGGAGACAAAUUGUUAAUAAUGUUUAAAAAGUAUUGUCUCCAUAUUGCCAGAUAUUGUUAUACCAUUAGUUCAUCUAUUAAGAUAAUAGGUAAUAAAAUCUACACUUUCA